CGCGCACGCGGUUCCAUUGCAGCGGCCUGGCUGGCUGAAAGGGCCGUGCGGGAAGCCACCUACCGCGAAAGCACCGGAGAGUCGGAGGAGGAAGGAAGCAAUCCAGGCGAACGGAUCGGGGGGAAAACACAGCAGGACAAGAGAGGGGCCGGACCCCUGUCCUCCUCGCCUCCGCGCGACCGGCUCGUCUCGUCGUCCCGUCCCCGCCUCUGCUCCCAUGGAGGCGCUGUGGAAGCAGGCCUCCAGGCUCAAGGAGCAGGUCGCCCGCCAGGGCGUGUUUAAGCAGUUUGGCUAUGGAAAUUCAGAUAAUGCGUUUACAGAUGAAUCAGAAGUUAAACUGCACCAGAGAUUGGAAAAACUUUACUUAUCGACUCGUGCUGCUAAACAUUUUCAAAGGGACAUUGUUCGGGGCGUGGAGGGCUAUAUAGUCACAGGGUCCAAACAAGUUGAAAUAGGGAACAAAUUGUCCGAUGAUAGCCAGAAAUAUGGCAUUGAAAACACAUGCGCAAGUGGUGAUACUUUAUCCAAAGCUGCUACAUACUUUGGAAAGGCUCGGUCUUUAAUUGAAAAGGAACGUGGGAACAUGUUGAAAGCAUUUGGCACACAGGUGGCAGAGCCGCUGCGGGCAAUGGUAAUGGGGGCACCUUUAGAGGAUGCUAGACAUCUAGCACAGAGAUAUGACAGAAUGAGGCAAGAAGCCGAAGCACAGGCUGUUGAAGUGUCAAAACGGCAAAACAGAGUGAGGGAAUCGGCUGGAAAUGGUGAUAUGAUAUCGAAACUGGAAGCUGCUGAGUACAAGCUUGAAGAACUGAAGUCAAGCAUGGUGGGAUUGGGGAAGGAAGCUAUUGCAGCAAUGUCUGCAGUUGAGGGUCAGCAGCAAAGGUUGACCUUACAGCGUCUCAUUGCACUGGUUGAGGCUGAGCGAGCUUAUCAUCAGAAAGUUCUGGAUAUCCUUGACCAGUUAGAAGAAGAAAUGGUGUCCGAGCGCCAAAAAAUUGAAGCGCCCCCUACCCCAGCAGCAGAAAAUUAUAUGCCACCCCCACCAGCUUAUGAUGAAGUUAAUGGAGUGUUUGCAUCCACUUCUGUUGAUGAAUCGGUCAAAUCUGUCGAUUUCUUCCUAGGAGAGGCCCUUGAUUCCUUCAAGGCUGAAAGUGAGUUUGAGCUUACCUUGUCAGCUGGGGAUAUUGUAAUUGUCCGAAAGAUCUCAAGCAAUGGUUGGGCAGAAGGUGAAUGCAAGGGCAAAGCAGGAUGGUUCCCACACGCUUAUAUCGAAAGGCGAGAACGUGUCCUAGCAAGUAAAGUUCCGCAUAUUUUUUAGAGGUUUUGAGCUGUACCAUUUUGUGUUCUUGAUCUCUAUAGCUGGAACAGUGUCAACGCCUUUUUCGCCUCUUAGCUUCCGCGAUGUGCUUACUGUAAGUCACGUGCAUAAAUUAGAUUUUCGUUCUACCUUUUCAGUUUUUGAGAAGAUUUUGAAUGUGGGACAUUCUGAGAGACUGUGUUGGGAAUUAGCUGUAUUGAAUUGUUGUUUGAAAUAGUGGAAUACACACUUACAGGUUCUGUUCAUAA